AUGACAGCUAAGUGGGCGAUACAAUCCGCGGCGGCCAGGUCAGAAAAACAUGGCUAUGAGUUUGGAGGGCCACUAGGAGCCGCCGCCUUAAUCAUAUUCCUCCCAAUCCUCGUCUACUCCUCCAUCUUCCUAUGCAACGAUGUGUCUGGAUGUCCUGCACCGGCCCUUCUAGAUCCAGAGACCUUGACUCUUGAAAAGCUGAAGGAACAGACACCAUGGCCAGAAAGUGGACUAACAGGAUUGUUCGACUUGAAAGUUACACUCUGGGUUCUUGGAUACUACGCCCUCAGCGUCGCACUGCAAUUAUUUCUCCCGGGUGAAGAGGUCGACGGGAGCACACUUGGGACGGGAGGAAGACAUCACUACAAAUUCAACUCAUUCAACUCUGCCAUGCUGAUUCUUCUUGGGCUGGCGGUUGGUACGGCGAUUCAAGGUGCAGAUUUUGUGGUCUGGACAUUUAUUUGGGACAACCUGCCACAGAUCGCGACCACCAAUCUGAUAAUCUCCACCGCUCAAGCCAUUUAUGUGUAUCUUGCCUCGUUCAGUGUUCCGCAACCUGGAAAACCGAAUCCUGACAAUCGGGAAUUGGCCAAAGGCGGACAUACCGGAAACAUGGUUUAUGAUUUCUUCAUCGGCCGGGAACUAAAUCCUCGCAUCGGCAUUCCAAAUUGGCUUCCCAUCGUUGGAGGUCAGGUCAUCGACAUCAAGGUCUUCAAUGAAAUGAGACCAGGAUUGCUUGGCUGGGUCAUCCUUGACCUCGCCUUUAUCGCUCACCAAUACAAGGCACACGGUUUCGUGACCGAUUCUAUUAUUAUGAUCACUUUAUUUCAGUCACUCUACGUCUUCGAUUCCCUUUAUAUGGAAACCGCCAUCCUCACCACCAUCGAUGUGAUAGCCGACGGUUUUGGCUUCAUGCUGGCCUUUGGCGAUGUCGCCUGGCUACCAUUCAUUUACAGUCUACCAACACGUUAUCUCGCUGUCUAUCCUUUCUCUCUCGGUAUCAGCGGCAUUGCUGGAGUCUUAGCGGUCCAAGCGCUUGGCUAUUAUAUAUUCCGAGCUACAAAUAAUCAGAAGAACCGCUUCCGCACAAAUCCCAACGAUCCCCGUGUCUCACAUCUUGAAACCAUGACCACCGAUUCUGGCUCCAAACUCCUUGUUUCUGGUUGGUGGGGCACUGCUCGACAUAUCAACUACUUUGGUGACUGGAUCAUGUCGUUCAGCUACACUCUUCCGACCGGUGUGGCGGGUUACGUCAUCAACCAAUACCACAAUCCCGUGACUGGAGCUGUGACAAGAGAGGUUGUGCAAGGAGACGCACGAGGCUGGGGGAUGAUCUUUACCUACUUCUAUGUGGUGUAUUUUGGAGUCUUGCUUGUUCAUCGGGAGAUGAGAGAUGACGAGAAAUGUCGAAGAAAGUAUGGGAAAGAUUGGGUCCGAUAUUGCAACCGUGUCAGGUGGAGGAUUAUCCCGGGCAUCUAUUAA